AUGAACGAUUAUCUCGACAUUUUCGGUCAACAGACCUUCACUAUCAAUAUUCAAUCAUGUUUCUGCUUUCCCCUCCCGGACAACUCCGCAUGCCCCAAAAUCAUCGACACACUCCCCAAAGGUCUUGAGAGACUCAGUGCAAGCUUCCCGUGGUUAGCAGGUCAGGUUGUCAAUGAGGGCUCGGGAGAUGGUGAUACGGGUUCCUUCUUGAUCAGGCCGCUGCAAAACGAAGCCCAGCUGGUAGUGAGAGAUCUGCAGCAUGACCCUUCAGUCGCGACAAUGAAGGUCUUACAGCGUGCCAAAUUCCCUAUUAGCAUGCUUGACCAAAACACUCUGGCGCCUCGAAAUAUUUUCCCAGACAACCGAGAUGAAUCGGCGCCUGUCUUCCUCAUUCAAGCAAAUUUUAUCACGGGAGGCCUUAUUCUCACCUUCGUCGCUCAACACAAUGCUAUGGAUGCGACCGGCCUAACUAAUAUCAUCCAUCUAUUUUCUAAGGCAUGUCAAAACGAUGACUUCGCAGACAAGGAGAUCCGGGGCGGCAAUCUCCCACGCCGUGAUAUAGUUCCCUUGCUCGAAGACAGCCAUACGAUAGGAACCGAGCUCGAUCGUUACAUUGUGAAACCCGCUCCAUACAGACACCCAUCAGACUCGCCAGAGGCUCUGAUGCCCAAAUGCUCAUGGACAUCUUUCAAGAUCUCUCGUCGCUCACAGGAAGCCUUAAAAUCAAUUGCUAUAGCAUCCCUCGCACCGCCAUCCUUCGUCUCCACUGACGAUGCUCUCACAGCCUUCAUCUGGCAAUCUGUUACUCGGGCUCGUCUGCGGCGGUUGGACCCCUCCACUCACUCGACCCUGAUGCGUGCCGUUGAUGUACGAGGCAUUCUCGGUAUUUCUUCCCUCUACCCCGGUCCCAUACAAAGCAAUGUAUAUACCGGGUUUUCGAUGAGGAGACUCACUGAGGAGCCACUGGGUACCAUUGCACUGCAGCUUCGGUUAGCCCUAAGUGACAGAUCACGCUUGGAACACCACACGCGUGCCAUUGCAACCUUCCUAAGCCGUACGCCUGACAAGAGUAAAUUCUCCUUUGGCGCGUCGAUUGAUACAACAACGGAUCUUAUAUUCAGUUCGUGGGCGAAACUAGAGGGCUGUUGCUUCGACUUCAACCUUGGUUUGGGAUUGCCCGAGGCUGUACGAAAGCCAAGAUGCAAUGAGGUAGAGGGGUUGACUUUCGUAUUGCCCAAGACGCGUGAAGGAGAUAUCGUAGUUGCGACAUGUCUACGGGAUGAAGAUAUAGGACAGCUUAGGUCUGAUGUCGUCUUUAUUGAGCAUGCGGAGUACAUUGGAUAG